GAUUUGCUUCCACCAGUUCCUGUGUUUUAAAUGUCAUUUAAACAAUUUCCUAACACUUUACAUAUAAUUGUCUCCCUUCUGUUAGGACCUCCACAAACAAGAAUGGAAGUGACCUCAUCGCUCAACAUGUCCUUAGUUACCAACCUGACUCAUGCCAAAGGUCCGACUCACUGCGAACAGGUUGACACCUCAGGCCACGUCUACUUCACACUGGCCUACAGUCUGGUAUUUCUGGUGGGUUUACUCCUCAAUGGCUUCACCAUGAAGGUUUACUUCUGCUCAGGUCAGCAGGAGGUGUUCAGCAUCAUGCUGGUCUACCUGAAGAACCUGGCAGUGUCUGACUUCCUGCUAUGCCUCUGCCUCCCCUUCUACAUAGCCAACUUCACCAGCAGUUCCAUCACCAUCCGCCUGGUCCACUGCAACUUUGCCUCGUCGAUCUUUUACCUCAAUAUGUAUGCCAGCAUCCUGUUCAUGGGCUACAUCGCUGCUGGCAGGUAUCUGAAGAUCAUCCAUCCCUCAGGAAAUCACAUCCUGCAGACAGUGCAGGCUGCCCGCAUAAUCUCUAUGGUAACCUGGGUUGUCCUCCUGGCUAUUAUGACCUCCUACAUCACCCUGUUGCUCCUCACCCAGCCACCACUGACUGUUGUCCCUGACAGCUGUGAUGUAUUGCAAAGUGCCCAGGUCAUUGUGUUCUACAAAAUCAUCCACAUCUGCUCUGCUGUCACCUUCCUGUUCAUCUUCAUCUCCCUGGUCUUCUUCUACUACAGCGCCUCCCGCACUGUGUGGCUGGCACAGCAGAAGCAGCUGUCAUCCUCCAGCUGCAAGAAGCUCAAGAAGUCCCGCAAGAAAAUGUUGGUGCUGGUCAGCGUCUUCUGCAUUUGUUUCGUGCCAUACCACCUGGGUCUUAUUCCCUAUGCUUUACUGAAGAGGCAGUGCUCCUCACGCAGGGUAUUGUACUACCUGAUUGAAGUGACCAUCUUACUGUCAGUUCUCAAUGUCUGCCUGGAUCCACUAAUCUACUUCAUCAGCUGUAAGGCCUUUCGGACCAAGCUGAACCUGAAGAGAGUGUUCAGCAGGACCAAGCAAACACCAAGCACAGACACAAGAAGCAAUGAGGGGCAGCUGAGCACCAUCAACAUCAACUGA